CUGCGUUCAAUGAAUGAGGCGGAAUACAUUCCCAUAUCCGACUCAGACUCGGACUCGUCACUAAGUGAUGAUGUAAGGAAUGAUUUUAAGCACUCCAGAAAGGAAGUCGACAAUGAUUAUGAACAGAAUAAAACAACCAACACCACUAUUGGAGAGGACUCUGAGAACUGUCCAAUUUGCUUUGAACCCUGGACUUCAACUGGGCCACACAAAUUGUGUUGUCUUCGCUGCGGCCAUCUCUUUGGACAUUCUUGCGUUUUGAGAUGGAUUAGAUCACAAGGAAAACAAGGACGAUGUCCUCAGUGCAACUCACGGGCAUGCGUUAAGGAUAUCCGCUAUAUUUACACCAGGAAUUUGCGAGUCCUAGACACGUCAGAGCGUGACCGAGCACUUGCUGAUUUGGCUAUCGAACGGGCUGCACGGCGCAAAGCAGAACAAGAUUCGGCCGAGUACAGGGCAAAAUACCAGUUGCUCCAAGUGGAACUCAAUCAACUCCGAGACGAAUUCCAUUCUGUGCGUGCUAUUUCUCAGAUCCUUGGACGCAAUCCUACGCAAACGUCUGCCUAUCGUGGUCAGUAUGAGUUGAUGAAGAGCAUUUUGCUUUCAAAUACUGGAAAUUGCCGCGUGAUGGCCUCUUGUGACUAUCUCAAUGCUUUGUGUGUUUCACAACCGUCGAGCAAUCCCAUUUUCAGGGGCUUCGGUAUUCGCAAGAUUAACACGAUUGACCAGCGUCCUUUGAAGUAUAUACAUUUGCAUGGGCAACCGAUCCGAGAUGUUUCUUUCCAUCCAGAUGCCCAGGACGGUAUCCUAAUAUCAGCGAGCUUGGACAAAACCCUACGACUCACUAGCCUGUUGACGGACCAGGUUGUUCAGACUUACCAGUGCCCAUCUCCUGUCUGGAGUUGCUGUUGGGCCUCUCCUAAUCCUCAUCGCCUCUUUGCCGGCUGUUCAAACGGUACCGUGCAGGUGUUUGACAUUCGUGUCACUUCUGGUCCUCUUAUCACGUUGUCAAUCCCGGAUAAUUUUUCCCCGGUGAUAGGACUCCAGUAUGUCCCACAAAGCGACAGUCAUACACUUUGUCCCGGUGGUGGUCUUCUGGUUGGACAGCUAUCAAAGAUAACGUUCAUGUCAGAAGAGCCAGAUACCACUAUUUCUCCAAAUGUUCCAACCGUGGAGGCUGCUACCGAGGUGGUCGAUAACCAGUCCAACAUUUCGGUCACUGAGGGCCGAGUAUCUCCAGAUCUGUUUAGGACGAAUUCUAAUCCACCCAUACCCCCGGUGCUUCAGUCCACUCCAACCUAUUCUUCCUACGGAUUGCCACUCGAAGGAAGUCUGGUCUCACUUAGCCUGGUACCAGACAGUCGGCAUUUCCUUGCGUCGUACCGACCUUCUCAUCGACUUCCUCGUGUUCGUCAUGUAUUGGCUGAACUACUGCGUGAGGAAACACCGUCAUCUUCGGAAAUCCCAGGCGACCGCCUUUCGUAUACAUGCCGGGAAGUGCACAAUUUAUGGGCCGGAGAUCGAAUGAAGAUGCUUACUCGUGCCCGGCUAUUCAAAACUUCCGCGGCAGAUAAUACAUUGUUGGCGGUUGCCGGCUGUGAAAAUGCCGGUGGUGUAUUGGUUUGGCGUUGCGAUACAGGGAUGCGAAUACAAACCAUACAACCCCCAGACACGACCGCCGAGAACCCAUUAAUUGAUAUCUGUCCCUAUUCAACCACAAGCCCCGCUAUCGGUUUCUCCGAUCGGCCUAUGCUAGCCCUACUCAGCGAACGGACAUUACAUUUAUACCGAUGGAUAACCACUGACAGUUGAUUUUAUUGAAUUGCAUGUACAUAAGAUGUGUCGUAUUCUAGCAUUGUAUAAAUUACUACUUUCUGUAUUACUUUGGUCACGUA